GGGACUGUUAAGGGGUGGAGUCUAGAACAAACUAGAUUGACAGAAGGGGAGGAGUGUGUGUGCGUGUGUGUUUUAAGUGUAUGUGAGUGUGAGAACGAGACAGAGCAUAAGGAGGGACUGUGAGGGUAUGUGUACAUGCGCGUGUGCGUGUGUGUGUGCGUGUGCGUGUGUGAGAGAUAAAGAAAGACACAGAACGAGGGAGGAAGUUUGAUAAAAAUGUGUGGGAAAUGAAUGCAGAGCUCCUGGUCUUGUUUUAGAGCGUGUGCAGUCUAUCCGUUGUUUAUGGGAGGAUGAACGGGGGAGAGGCGAAGAAGCGAUAUCUGUCCGCUGUCAGAAUACAGAUGUCAGGUCCCCCUGUAUCCACUGACAGAGGUUCAGAUGGGGGCAGAAGCCAGAGGAAAGGAUCUACACAGACAAGCAUAUCCACGGUGCUGUCGAGCAGCAAGGCAAAAACUGUCCCAGUGGACAACGGGUACACCCAUCCCGAAAGACUUGCUCCGCCUCUUUUCACCAAGCCCCUGCAGGACUGUAAUGUUGACGAGGGGAAUGACAUAACCUUGAGUGGGCUGGUCUCAGGGAGCCAGCCAAUCAGAGUGUCCUGGCUUCACAACGGUAAGGUGGUACGUUUUGGGAGCGCCUCGUUCGUUGGUGGGGAGGCGAGGCUGGUUGUUAAGGAGUGUCUUCCUGAGGACACUGGGGCUUACACCUGUGUGGCCGAAAACACAGCCGGGAAAACGUUCAGCAGCGCGGCCGUGUAUGUCAGAGACUACGAAACCAUCAUAGCUCAACGAAAGCAAAACACAAAGACUCCUCUCGCUUCUCCUCCUCUUUCAAAUCCGCCUGUUUUCAAUCACACCGUGGAAAACAGAGGUCCGAAUUCGCCCCCGACCCCUUCACAGGAGGACACGAGUGUUUUCAGGGGCCCGCAGUCGCCUACUUCAGCCCAAUCAGGAGCGUCACCGAAUGGAAGUCCAGGAGACAGGAAAGAGGUCGUACUGAAGCGACGCCUCAGCUCAGGAACAGCUCCCCCUCUGUUUUUCCUGAGUCCUCCAAAUCAGCUGGAGGCACGUGCUGGGGAGCCGGUUCGACUGACGUGUGAGUUUAGAGGCAGUGCUCCAGUGGUAUCCUGCUGGAUCCGAAACAAAAAAGAGGUGCUUGAGGACUCGAGGUGUAGGAUUGAGGCAGAAGAGGAGAGCAGUUCUCUGGUCAUCUCUGAAGCUCGGCCUGCCGACUCUGGACGCUACACCAUCGUCGUGCGAGAUCGCAAGAGUUCUGCCCAACACACGCUCACCUUAUCCGUCGUCGACCGACCCGAGCCCCCCUCUUCGUGCCCAGUAGCGUCUCUCCUCUCCCCCAGCUCUCUGGUGCUCUCCUGGUCCGGCCCAUCUUACGACGGAGGCAGCGCCAUCACCGGCUACGUGGUGGAGGUUGAGCAGCUAGGCCCGGACAAGCCUGCGACCUGGAGCGAACUGACUUCCCAGUGCAAGAGCACCUGCCUCAAGGUCAGCUCCGGAUUACAGCCCCAAGCUUCAUACCGCUUCCGGAUACGAGCCUGCAACGCUGUGGGCGUUAGCGAACCCAGUCAGGAGUCUCAGCCAAUCAGGAUGUCCGCAUCAGGGGAAACGCACGAUGAGGCCAAACAGGAGUUUGUGGAUGUCACCAUUGACACAACUCACAAAAUCACCGACCACUACAAUGUACUGGAGAAACUCGGAGUGGGGAAGUUUGGACAGGUGUUUCGGCUAACCCAUAAAGAGACCGGGCGUGUAUGUGCCGGAAAGUUCUACAAGGGUAGACGGUUGAAGGAGAGAGAGGCGGCAAAGAAAGAGAUUGAACUGAUGAAUUCGCUGCAUCACCCCAAGCUGGUGCAGUGUCUGGGCGCAUAUGACAACAAGCCUGAGAUCGUCAUGGUGAUGGAGUUCAUAGCAGGGGGCGAGCUGUUUGAGAGGAUAGUGGAUGAUAACUUUGAACACACUGAACCCACCAGCGUUGGUUACAUGCAGCAGAUACUGGAGGGCAUCCAGUACAUGCAUCAGAAGAACAUCGUCCACCUGGACCUGAAACCAGAGAACAUCGUGUGUGUGGACCACACUGGGACCCAGAUUAAAAUCAUCGAUUUUGGCCUUGCCAGCACAUUAGACCCUUCUAACCCUCUGAAGGUCAUGCAUGGCACCCCUGAGUUUGUGGCUCCUGAGGUCAUUAACUAUGACACUGUGGGUCUGGCCACGGACAUUUGGAGUAUUGGAGUCAUCUGCUACAUCCUGCUGAGCGGUGAGUCUCCGUUCCAGGGGGACAGUGACACAGAGACUCUGGCUUUGGUGACGGCUGCUAAGUGGGAGUUUGAUGAGGAAAGCUUUGAGGAGAUCACAGCCCAGGCCAAAGAUUUCAUCAGCUCUGUACUCAUCAAAGAUGCCAGACGCAGACUGACUUGUGAACAGGCACUGGCCCACCCGUGGAUGGCGGCGUUCGUGUCUGCGGACCCCAGCACUACCAAGAACCUUUCCAAGGACAAGAUGAAGAAAUUCCUGGCCAGGCAAAAGUGGAAGAAAACAGGCAAGGCCUUGCUGGCGUUGAAGAGAAUGGCUCUCUUGUCAAAACCUGAGGGUUCUAUAUCUCAGUCCAGCUCUGUAGAAGACACUGAACAGGCCCUCCAAAACCUGGAGCUAAAAUUACAGUCCAAACCCCAGUUCACCUCAACGCCUACAGACCAGACGGUCAAACAGGGGUCAGACGUCCACAUCGCCUGCCUCAUCACAGGUUAUCCAGACCCUGAGGUGAUGUGGUUGAAGGACGGAGAGGCGGUGGAGGAACGGCCCCCGCGGGUGCAGGUGGAUUACGAAGACGGUCGGUGCGCUCUGACCCUGGAGGGGGUCACAGUGGAAGACCGCGGGGUGUACAGCUGCAAAGCCUCCAACGACCAUGGGGAGGAGCUGUGUUCUGCCACACUCACCGUACUGGAGAGUAACACAUAGAUGUGCACACACACACACACACACACUCACACUCACCUGAAGACACAAGCAUGUGCACGCACUCACACACACACAAACACAUACACAUACACAAACAAAACUAUAGCUCCCAAAUAAUCCUCCACUUUCCUGCUUUUACCAAAUUUAGCAAGGUCAUUCAGCUGGGUUUUUUAUAUCAUUAAGACUUAAAAAUAUGUAAUAAUUAUUAAAGACCGUGAAAUACAAA